GCGUAAACCCGUGUUCCAACAAACUUGACAUGGCGAAAGCUUUUGACAAGAUUUCUUGGUCAUAUUUAAAAGAAGUGCUCAAAUCCUUUGGAUUUAAUGAUCACUGCAUAGCACUUCUUCUGCAAAAUCUAGAGGCCACUCACAUUUCUUUGCUCAUCAAUGGAAGCCCCCACGGAUUUUUCAAAAUCAAGAGGGGAGUCAAACAGGGAGAUCCUCUUUCUCCUCUCCUCUUUAUCAUUGGGUCUGAGGGAUUCUCUAGGAGCCUGAACUAUGCUAUCUCUUCUGGUUUUAUAGCACCAUUCAAGGCAGGGAAAAGUCAAGUGGUUUCUCAUCUUGCAUUUGCAGAUGACCUCUUAGUAUUUCUUAAGGGCGACCUAAGGAAUAUGCUGAGAUUUAAUCACAUCCUACAUAACUACCUUAGAGCUUCUGGACAAGAAAUUAACAGCAAGAAAAGUAAGGUUUUCUGCAAGAAAAACAGCCACUGGACAUACAAAAAGAAACUGGAGGAAGCUCUUGGAUUUAUGGUAGGAAGCCCACCUUUCAAGUAUUUGGGGUCCACUAUUACAACAGGUAAACUUAAGAGAAUCCACUGUGAUCAAAUCCUCAAUCACUUUGAUGCUUAUCUUAAUAGUUGGUACAAUAAGGAGCUUAAUCCCAUGAGCAGAUUAUUUCUCAUUAAACAUGUGCUUAGUGCUAUUCCUUUACACACACUAGCUGUGCAAGACCUUCCCAGAUCUGUCAUCACAGUUAUCCAGGGAAAACUAGCAAACUUCUUUUGGGGCUCUAAUAAUGGGAAGAACAAAUAUCACUGGGCAAAAUGGACUGCACUUUGCAAACCUACAGGCGAGGGAGGACUGGGUUUGAGAAGCCUUGAAGAUAUUCAAAAGGCUUCCGCUUUGAAGCUUUGGUGGAAGGUGAUUAAUGGUGAUUCAAUCUGGUCUAAAUUUAUGAAAGAUAAAUACUACAGGGAUGGCCUGUUUGAGGCCAAAUUAGUUGAAAAGUCCAACCAUGAGGAUAGGUGGACUAUGUCAGAAGAUGACACUCUCUGUCUAAUGGCCAAAGAUGAUGCCAAUCAAGAGUUCAAAAAGAUGAUGGUAGAUUUUGAGGAAAUAAAUCUCAAACAUUCAUCCUUAACAGAAGAGAACAAACUUUUGAGUGAAGAGAAUCUCAAGCUGACUGAAGAUCGGAAAAGUCAACUAAAUGAGAUCACUCAACUUAAAACUGAAAAUGAAUCUCUCUCUGAAAAGAUAAAAUCCCUUAACAAAGAACUAGGGAUACUUAAGUCCAAGGAAGCAGUGGAUAAGCUUCUUAAAACAACCAACCAUAAGGGUCGUGAAGGACUUGGGUUUGACUCCUCCAGUUCCAAAAGGAAAGGGAGAACAACCUUCAUCCCUCCUAAACCUACUGCCAAAUCAAAUAAGCAGAAAGGAAAGGAAAAGAAGAAACCAACAGAAGUUCCCAAAAAG